AUGGCAGAACAGAAACAUGAAGUGAUUCUUCAUGUCUACGAUUUGUCACGAAUUAACGAAUGGAUAAAUCUAUUGUCACAAGACAUGGGUGUCUAUCAUACGGGCACAGAAGUCUAUGGUAAAGAAUAUUCAUUCGGCGGACAUCCCUAUGAUUUGAGCGGAAUAUUCAUAACGACUCCGAAAGAUAUUGAAUCCCUGAGUGUUAAUAAUGUUUUCAAAUACAAAGAGUCAAAAGCUAUCGGAUAUACAGAACUGAGCGAAGAGAAGGUGCAACAAAUUGUCACUGAAAUGGGUCGCAAAGGAUUCAAGGGAAAGGACUAUAAUCUUAUUCAAAAGAAUUGUAACCACUUUUCCGAUGAGUUUUGUAAGAGACUGUGCGGUAAUGGCAUUCCCAAAGAGAUCAACACUUUGGCCGAAACUAUAGCUCAGUAUCCAUGGAUUGAGAGACAAAUACCGGUCGAGUUUGUGACUCCACAGGCCCUCGAGAAUGAUAUCAAACAGGAAAGGGAGAGAGACUUACAAAAACAAGACAAACAAGAGUCUACCGAUUCUGUCAGUGAUUCAAAAGAGUAA